GGAGAGCAGCACUUGCUGCUCCAGUUGGGACAGCAGCAGCAGCAACGCCUGCUGCUGCUUACGGAGGUCUGCUAGGAGGGGGUUGGGUAUGCAAUAUAAUUGGGCCUGAGGACAUGUGCUUCGCCUCUCAGCUGUUUCGUGCUGCAGUGCAGCAGCAGAAGCAGCAGCAGCAGCAGCAGCAGCAGCAGCAGCAGCCGAGUUUUGAGCAUCUCUUUUCACAAAAGAGGUCACUCAGGAAGAGAAGGAAACAGCAGCAGCAACAACAGCAGCAGCAACAGCAGCAGCAACAGCAGCAAGAACGGGACGAGUUCGACAUACAGCAGCAACAAGAGCAACAGGAUGACGAGCAGGAGCAGCAGCAGCUGCAGCAGCAGCAGCAGCAGGACCAGCAGCAGACACAUCUGAAGGAGGGUCCCCUCUUUAGUGGUGUUCUUUGGGCUGCAGGAGGAAGCCAUGGCUUCUAUGCUGCACCUCCUGCUGCUGCAGCAGCAGCUGCUGCUGCUCGUGCUGCUGCAGACGGUGCAGCAGAUGCUGCUGUAGGCAUUAGCAAGGAGACGGUAGCCUUCCUUAAGGAAAUGAGAGACGAGAGCAGCAGCAGACCGCCUGCUGCUGCUGCUGCUGCUGCACCUGCCGGUGCUGCUGCUGCUGCUGCGGAUACGGGUGAAGUCUCACAGCAGCGAAGCCAAAGGAAGCAGCAACAGCAGCAACAGCAGCAACAACAGCUGCAGCAGCAACAGCAGCAGCAACAAGAGCAGCAGCAACAGGAACCUGUAGCGUGGUUCUUCGAUUCAGAUGAUGAGAUGGAUGAAGAAGACAGCAGCAAACAAUCACCAGCAGCAGCAGCAGCAGCAACAGCAGCAACAGCAGCAACUUCGCCACCUGUUGCUGCUGCUGAUCCUGCUGCUGCUGACAGCAGCAAACUGUGGACGAAGGAAGACUACAUGCGUUUAGUUAUAAGGAGAAUGCAGCGACGAGGACUACAACCGCAGCAGCAGCAGCAGCAACAGGAACUGCAGCAGCAGCAGCAGCAACAGAAGAAACUGCAGCAAACAGCAGAAGUGCGGAGGACAAAGAUGCUUCUAAGAAACUUUCAGCGGCCUAACGCCUUCGCUGACGACCUCAAACUAUAG